GCCAGAGGUUGGCAUUGAUGGAGAGUUGGAUGGACCAGACCUGAGCUUAUCAUCUUCCAAAUUAAAACAGCCAGAUGUGGAUGUUGGUAGUCCAUCUGGAAAAUUCAAGAUGCCAAUAUUUAAAAUGCCAGACUUUGGCUUCUCAGGCCCAGAUGUUCAAGGGCCUGACUUUGAGGUAAAGAAUCCAAACUUGGAUCUUUCAGCCCCCAAGUUUAAAGGGGGAAUUAGUCACCCAGAUUUGGAUCUGCCAGAUGUUGACCUCAAAGGCCCCAAAUUAGACCUCAAUGCACCAGAUGUAAACUUUAAUAUGCCCUCAGGUAAAGUCAAAGUACCUACAUUGAAGAAACCAAAGGUUGAUCUGAAUGCUCCUGAUCUGGACGGCCCCUCUGGUAACCUGAAAAUGCCCAAAUUUGGGCUGUCUGGUAAAAUGCCAAAAUCUCCCAAAUUGAAUCUCAAAGCUCCAAAGAUGAAGGGGGGAAUUAAUUUUCCAGACGCUGACCUCAAAUCUGCUAAACUAGACAUGACUGCUCCAGAUAUUGACAUCAAUGCACCCUCAGGGAAAUUCAAAUUGCCUAAAUUCAGAGGCCUGAAGGGACCAAAUGUUGACAUUAAUGGCGCUAUAGAGGGACCAGAUCUGAACUUGUCAUCUCCCAAACUCAAGGGUGCUAAAGCAGACCUCAACAUUCCAGAUGCUGAUAUUGAAAGUCCAUCAGGAAAAUUCAAAAUGCCAACUUUCAAGAUGCCAGAUUUAGGUUUAUCUGGACCAAAAGUUAAGGGGCCUGACUUGGGUCUUUCAGCCCCCGAGUUUAAAGGGGGAAUUAGUCACCCAGAUUUGGAUCUGCCAGAUGUUGACCUCAAAGGCCCCAAACUAGACCUCAAUGCACCAGAUGUAAACUUUAAUAUGCCCUCAGGUAAAGUCAAAGUACCUACAUUGAAGAAACCAAAGGUUGAUCUGAAUGCUCCUGAUCUGGACAUUGAUGGCCCCUCUGGUCACCUGAAAAUGCCCAAAUUUGGGCUGUCUGGUAAAAUGCCAAAAUCUCCCAAAUUGAAUCUCAAAGCUCCAAAGAUGAAGGGGGGAAUUAAUUUUCCAGACGCUGACCUCAAAUCUGCUAAACUAGACAUGACUGCUCCAGAUCUUGACAUCAAUGCACCCUCAGGGAAAUUCAAAUUGCCUAAAUUCAGAGGCCUGAAGGGACCAAAUGUUGACAUUAAUGGCGCUAUAGAGGGACCAGAUCUGAACUUGUCAUCUCCCAAACUCAAGGGUGCUAAAGCAGACCUCAACAUUCCAGAUGCUGAUAUUGAAAGUCCAUCAGGAAAAUUCAAAAUGCCAACUUUCAAGAUGCCAGAUUUAGGUUUAUCUGGACCAAAAGUUAAGGGGCCUGACUUGGGUCUUUCAGCCCCCGAGUUUAAAGGGGGAAUUAGUCACCCAGAUUUGGAUCUGCCAGAUGUUGACCUCAAAGGCCCCAAACUAGACCUCAAUGCACCAGAUGUAAACUUUAAUAUGCCCUCAGGUAAAGUCAAAGUACCUACAUUGAAGAAACCAAAGGUUGAUCUGAAUGCUCCUGAUCUGGACGGCCCCUCUGGUCACCUGAAAAUGCCCAAAUUUGGGCUGUCUGGUAAAAUGCCAAAAUCUCCCAAAUUGAAUCUCAAAGCUCCAAAGAUGAAGGGGGGAAUUGAUUUUCCAGACCUGAAUUUACCAGAUGCUGACCUCAAAGCCGCUAAACUAGACAUGACUGCUCCAGAUCUUGACAUCAAUGCACCCUCAGGGAAAUUCAAAAUGCCUAAAUUCAGAGGCCUGAAGGGACCAAAUGUUGACAUUAAUGGCGCUAUAGAGGGACCAGAUAUGAACUUGUCAUCUCCCAAACUCAAGGGUGCUAAAGCAGACCUCAACAUUCCAGAUGCUGAUAUUGAAAGUCCAUCAGGAAAAUUCAAAAUGCCAACUUUCAAGAUGCCAGAUUUAGGUUUAUCUGGACCAAAAGUUAAGGGGCCUGACUUGGGUCUUUCAGCCCCCGAGUUUAAAGGGGGAAUUAGUCACCCAGAUUUGGAUCUGCCAGAUGUUGACCUCAAAGGCCCCAAAUUAGACCUCAAUGCACCAGAUGUAAACUUUAAUAUGCCCUCAGGUAAAGUCAAAGUACCUACAUUGAAGAAACCAAAGGUUGAUCUGAAUGCUCCUGAUCUGGACGGCCCCUCUGGUCACCUGAAAAUGCCCAAAUUUGGGCUGUCUGGUAAAAUGCCAAAAUCUCCCAAAUUGAAUCUCAAAGCUCCAAAGAUGAAGGGGGGAAUUGAUUUUCCAGACCUGAAUUUACCAGAUGCUGACCUCAAAGCCGCUAAACUAGACAUGACUGCUCCAGAUCUUGACAUCAAUGCACCCUCAGGGAAAUUCAAAAUGCCUAAAUUCAGAGGCCUGAAGGGACCAAAUGUUGACAUUAAUGGCGCUAUAGAGGGACCAGAUAUGAACUUGUCAUCUCCCAAACUCAAGGGUGCUAAAGCAGACCUCAACAUUCCAGAUGCUGAUAUUGAAAGUCCAUCAGGAAAAUUCAAAAUGCCAACUUUCAAGAUGCCAGAUUUAGGUUUAUCUGGACCAAAAGUUAAGGGGCCUGACUUGGGUCUUUCAGCCCCCGAGUUUAAAGGGGGAAUUAGUCACCCAGAUUUGGAUCUGCCAGAUGUUGACCUCAAAGGCCCCAAACUAGACCUCAAUGCACCAGAUGUAAACUUUAAUAUGCCCUCAGGUAAAGUCAAAGUACCUACAUUGAAGAAACCAAAGGUUGAUCUGAAUGCUCCUGAUCUGGACAUUGAUGGCCCCUCUGGUCACCUGAAAAUGCCCAAAUUUGGGCUGUCUGGUAAAAUGCCAAAAUCCACAAAACUGAAUCUCAAAGCCCCAAAGCUAAAGGGGGGAAUUGAUUCCCCAGACAUGAAUGUACCAGAUGCUGACCUCAAAGCCCCUAAACUAGAUGUGAAUACCCCAGAUCUUUACAUAAAUGCACCUUCUGGGAAAUUCAAAAUGCCCAAAUUUAAAAUGCCUAAAUUCAGGGGCCUAAAGAGACCAGAUGUUGACAUUGAUGGAGACUUAGACGGCCCAGAAAAAGAUAUCAAUGCCCCCACAGCUAAUCUCAAAGGACCCAAAACAGGUCUAAAAAUGCCUGAUUUGAAGAUGCCUGAUUUCGGGCUAUCUGGGCCAAAUGUAGAUGCACCUGAUUAUGACUUACCUGAUAUUGAUCUCUCAGCCCCAAAGCUAAAAGGGGGAAUCAGCCCCCCAGAUUUGAGACUACCUAAGGAUCAUCUCAGAGGGCCCAAACUAGACCUCAAUGCUCCAGAUAUGCCCUCAGGUAGAUUCAGAGUUCCAACCAUAGAGAGGCAAAAUGGUAGCAUCAAAACCCCUGGUUUUGACAUCAGCACUCCUACAUUCAAAAUACCCGAAAUGCCUAAAUUUAUGUUGUCUAGACCAAAAAGACCAGAUCAAGACAUAAGUGCUGACAUAGGUUUGAAAUUGUCAAAGAUGAAAGGUGGGAUUGGUUCACCGGACCUGGACCUACCUACAGUUGACCUAGAAGCCCCUAAGAUAGAUGUAGACACUCCAGAUAUGAACAUUGAUUCCCCCUCUGGGAAUUUCAAAAUGCCCCACCUCAAAAUGCCUAAAUUCAGCCUUUCUGGUCUGAAGGGUCCAGAUGCUGGAAUAGAUGGAGACAUUGAUGGACCGGACCAGAGCUUGUCAGCCCCGAAAGUAAACACAGGGAUCGGUAGUCCAGAUUUAGACAUAAAUGUUCCCUCUGGAAUUCUCAACGGCCCCCAAGCUGAUCUCAAUUUGCCAGACAGUGACAUUUCUAUACAAUCUCGAAAAUUCAAACUGCAAUCCUUUAAAUUGCCUCAGUUUGGAAGUCCCAACCUAAGGGCAGGUACAGAUAUGGACUUUAUGAAAACACAUGACAUUUCUCCUCCAAAGGCUAAAGUGGAUCUAAAAGCACCAGACUUGAAAGUUAGUCACCCAGAUGUCAGCCUGAGCUUACCCAAAGCUGAUAUCAGAGGCCCAGAAUACAAAGUGUCAUCUCAUAGUAAACACAGAUCUGAUAUCCCAGGUGGAGCGCAUUUAAAAUUGCAAGCGAUGGACAUAGAUACCGAAGAGACACUUCCACACACUGAUAGGAAGUCUAGGAAGGUCAAAGGAAGGGCCAGUUAUCCCAUUGCAGAUAUAGACUUGCCAAAAGUUGAGUACGAAGCAUCUGGUUUGGAGCUGCGAGGUUCAGACCUUAACGAUCCCACAGGGAAAUUAAAAAUUCCCAAAUCUAAGACUAAAUUGGGUAGUCAUACAAGAAUACCAGACCUUGAUGUAGACUCAAGUCUUUCCAGUAUUAAUGCCUCAGUCCCUAAACUCCCACAGCCAGGGUAUGGAGUAGAGGUUUCACAGACAGAUUUAAAUUUGAGCAGAACUGACCUCAAGGGCAAUAAACAUCAUAGCAAAGCCCCAGCUGGUGAAACUGGCAGAACAAAAAGGAGAAGUCCAAAACAGUCUGAAAUUGUAAUGUCUAUGCCAAAUUGUACUCAUGGUUCAAACCCCAAAAUGUCUGAAGAUCAAGAAGGAUAUUUUGUCACUGCAUUUCCCAAACAUGUCAAAGGGGAUGUACCAGACGGAACUGGGAGCCUGAAAAAUCGGCACAAGGAAGAGUCAAACCGUCGAUCUCAAACACUCAGAAGUCUCGAUUUCAGUGCAUCAAAUGUGGACCUUGAAGUUCCAGAAGAUGAGAACUUAAAAGGGUCAACAUUCUGGCUUUCAAAGCUUAUAUAGCAUUCAGACAACUGACUAAAUGUCAUUUUAGGCUUGUUUGAAUCACAAUCUUCUGUUGAAACAUAAUGCAGAAAAUGUCUGUUACGUAUAAAACAAGCAUCAGAUUAUUUUCACAUAUUUGUACUUUUUUUAAUGUAAAUUGUUUGGCAUUUGUUAUGAACAUGUUGAGAACGAAUGUGUAAAGCUUUCUUUUGUCAAGGGAUUUUAAAAAAUGUAUGAAAGGUUUAUGUCUGCUGAUAAGCUAUUUGAAUGGUAUUUUUACUCUACACUUGCUACAUUGUAAUACAAUAAAAUGGUAUUUAGUAACCUUUAUAAAA